GUGCGGCGGGCGGAAGUGCCCUGCGGGGUCACCUGACCGUAGGUUGGCUGAGAUAUGGCGUCUCACCUGCUUGCUGGAGAACGGCUGGUGCGCGCUUUGCUCCCCGGUGGGGAACUGGAGCCGGAGCAGCUGCCCCCGAGGCUGCGGGCAGAGCUUGAGGCCGCGCUGGGGGAGAAGCCCGAGGGCGGUGAUAGCGCCAGUGGCCCCGCACACCUGGUUUCCUUCCGCCUGAUCCGGGAACUGCACCAGUACCUGAGAGAAAGGGAUUCCACCUUGUACCUUCAUGAGCUCCUAGAAGGCAGUGAAAUCUAUCUCCCAGAGGUUGUAAAGCCACCUCGGAAUCCAGAGCUAGUUGCCCGGCUAGAGAAGAUUAAGAUACAGCUAGCCAAUGAGGAAUAUAAACGGAUCACCCGCAAUGUCACUUGUCAGGACUCAAAGCAUGGUGGGACUCUCAGUGACCUGGGAAAGCAAGUGAGGUCAGUGAAGGCUCUGGUCAUCACCAUCUUCAACUUCAUUGUUACCGUGGCAGCAGCCUUCGUCUGUACUUACCUUGGAAGCCAGUAUGUCUUCACAGAAAUGGCCUCGCGGAUACUGGUUGCACUGAUCGUCGCCUCUGUGGUGGGUCUGGCCGAGCUGUAUGUCAUGGUGCAGGCAAUGGAAGGCGAGUUGGGAGAGCUUUAACUGGUACUUCAUCAUCAAAGUCUGGAGAAGAUUUUGGGGAGCUCCUGGCUCCUAGCUGCAAAUCACUGACUCUGAGUGAACCUAUCAGUCUCUUUGUACUUAGCUCUGGUUAGCCAGCCACCUGCAAUUCUUGCAGGAAGGCCCAUCCUCUGAAUUUUGGGGAGCAAGAGGAAACGCAGACAACAUGGGAAAUAACUGGUCUUGUCAGUACCUUCUGAACCUAGUGCCCAUCUGCCUUCUCCAGUUCAUUCCAAGCACUGCUGGGCUGGGUUUUUUUCCACUGGGUGUAAAUAGUACCCAGACCUUCCCAGAAGUAGACCAGACUGCCUUGAACUUGGCCAGGUGCACAAAUGAAUUGUCAUUUUCGUUCCACACAUCCUUGACGCAGACCUGUAAUUAAGGUCAGAAGCCUCCAAGAAAGCAGAAGGAAAUCUUUGUCCAGUUUGUGUUGGAAAGGACACCCAGUUGGAGGAUGCCAAAUAAGAGACACGACGGUAGAAUUAGAAGUAAGGCAGCUACCUUUUUAAAAUUUCUGUAUUCCUUCCUUUCAGUUGUUGUUUCCUGGUUUUCUUUGUGCUUCUGCCUGUCUCUGCCAUGUGCUGACUCUCCUUACUUUACAUCUUCUCAUCACCCUUUGUUCUGCUUCCAAAAGUAAAAACAAUUUAGGUGGCAAAACAGUUAUGUCUACUUUUCAUUGAAAAUCCCUUGUUUGUGGGGAGAGUAAGCCUCCUGUGGAUUGACUCAAUAAAGGGAGACGUUCUUUGUAGUCAGGGAGUAUUUUCAGAUUUAACAACAUAUAGAACUGUAUAUAAACAUGUGAAUAAACAUGCACAUGUAUAUGCAUAGCAUAUACAUUAUGAUUAUGGGCACAUACUGGUAAACAAACCUAAUGCAGGAUAUUUUAUGUGGGUUCUUAAACAUGCUUUUGAGAGUAUGAAAAACAGUAUGUAAAUAUUCAUGAAGAACUAAUUGUUUUACAUAUUUGCUUUUGGUCUUCACAAUAGUCCUGUAGCUUGGAAAAGAAAAUGGUUUUAGGCCCCUUUUCUAAAAGCCAAAUAGGCUGAAAGAGAUCAAAUGACCAACUGUGGCCAUUCCUCUGUUAAAUGGAGCCAAAGACUCCUAGGUAGUCCCAAAGUCUCUAUGUAUAGUUAAACUUCUAAGAACUUUGAUUAAUGUUGCGAUAAUAAAGUCUGUAUGAGGCACUAAGAAAUUAUUAUCAACAUUAGUUAUUUAUUCAAUAAAUAUUUAUUGUAUCCAAUGUAUACUUAUUUCAUCUUGUGACAAACACCCGAAGAUUUUCAUAUUUCUUUUUUUUUUAUAAUACACCAUGGUUAUUUAUUAUUUUGAUUUUCAUAUUUCUGAGAACUGUUCAGAAUCUGCUCCUAAUGAAACUUUGUUUUUUCUGUUUGUUCCCUGUGUGAGUUUCCUGUGGUACUUUUCCCUUCUUAGAAAUUAUAUAUUCAUUGGCUCAAAAGACAUUUCCUCUACAAUGUUUGCCAGUUUCUUCUUGAUAUAUAGCAAGUCUGAGCCUCUCAGGGCAAUAUUCCACAUGAGAGAGUGGGAAGAUUUAGGUUCUUCUGUUCUACCAUGUAUCACUUGGCUGAGAAAUCAUACCAUUUUUAUUGUUAGUUGGCCAGAAAUUUAACUGUGGGGGAAAAAAUGCCGGUGGCCUUAUACAGUGUUUCUAGCAACCCAGACUAUUGAAGUUUGAUUGAAAAGCUACACUUAAGCUUAGUUAUGAUUCCUGGCAGUACUUACUUGUGCCUAAACUCUGUUGUGGACCAGGGUACCCACAUAUCCUUGAGCUUUCACAUCCCCCAUGUAUCGCAGGCUUCUGCGACACUGAGCAUUUGCUGAGAGCUGAUGUUUGAGUCAAACACUGUGCUAACUUCUGGGGACAGAGAGAUGGAAUAUCCAGUUCCUGCCAAGGAAAAAGUGUUUGCCCCCAGUUGUCUAAAAUUAGGAACAGGUCUAGCUGCUCCUAGCUGACUUAGCAGUUAGGUAAUGUUUACAGGACCUUCGGAUGAGGCAGCUGUUAAUUCCCCUGUAGAGGAGAAGAAUUAGUGACCAGGUAUAGCAGGAAAGUUGGAAAACAUAGUGCCCUACCUCAUCUGAAGGUACCUCCUGCGGAAACAAUGGGUGGGAGUAGUCAAGGUUGGUGACAGUAGCUAACACGUAGAUGAGGUCAGACAGGCUGCCCAGUGAAGUCUGGGGAGUAGCUUGCUCUGGAGAAAGCCCUGAAGACCCAGCUAGUCCCUGGGGGGCUGCCGCUUUGGCCCCUUCCCAUCCCUGACCUGGGCCCAAGCUUAGAGCUGGACAGGAGGUUUGGACACAGGUGUACUGGGCAG